GCGACACUCUUCAGUCAAACGCGACGCAUCCCGAAUUUGCCGCGGCAUUCAGAAGCCGGGCGAUCAUUGCAUGACAGCACAGCCCUCUCUCGAAACAAAGUCAGCCAACGAAACACACUAUUCAAGCAGUGGAUCCAUCAAAAGACCAAGAAUAACCGUGGCUUUAUAGAGGAAGUAGUAGGAGUCGGGUAGCGAAAAAGAAUCAAGAUAUGGCCGAUAGCAAUGCACAUGACAACGGACCUUCGACAGAUCCAAGCAACCACACUACGAAUGGACUGCACAAUCACGAUGCUGGUUUUAAUGAUGUAGAAGGAGAUGGCCAAGAUAUAGACGGGGAUGAUAAUUCGACCAGCGAUUAUGGCAGCUCGGUAUCUGAGAGUUAUUGCAGUACUAUCCGCAGCAAUGCCGAAGACUACUACUGGGAAAAUGGACGACGCUAUCAUGCAAUGGGAGGCGGCCGGUAUCUCCUCCCGAAUGACGAUACAGAACUUGAUCGUGAAGACAUGAAACACCACAUGUGGACGCUGGUCCUUGAAGGCGAGCUGCACCUCGCUCCUUUUGGAGACGACCAUCCACAUAAGAUACUCGACGUCGGCACGGGAUCGGGUAUAUGGGCCAUGCAAGCAGCGGACAGAUAUCCAUCAGCCGAAGUCAUCGGGUUCGACAUUUCGCCUGUCCAGCCGAGUUGGGUACCGCCGAACUUGAUAUUCGAAGUUGACGACCUCGAACAGGAAUGGCUAUGGCAAUCAUGCUCAUUCGAUCUAGUGCAUUGUCGAUUCAUGUUCAUGUCAGUGUCAGACUGGCCGUCUAUGCUCGAACAAGCCUAUCGAACGCUCAAACCCGGUGGUUACAUCGAACUAGCAGAACUUGACCUACAUCCUAUGCCAGCAAUUGAGGGCAAUCCAGGUCCACCCCUUGUCAGUGAAUGGUUUGACAUACAAGGUAAGAUUCUAGCGAAGAUGGGGUUCGAUAUGCGUGUCGCAUCAAAGUUCAGGCAGAUGCUUGUAGCUGCGGGAUUCGAAGACGCGGUAGAAGUCGUGAGGCCAGUGCCAUGGGGAACAUGGCCAUCAGAGAAGCGACACAAAGCCAUUGGAUUUUGGCAUGUUGAACAACUCAAGAUGGGACUACAGGGCAUCACAAUGGCAUCUCUGACUCGGGCUGGAUGGUCAGUACCAGAGGUCGAAGUAUUUCUUGCUGGACUGCGUCGAGAGAUGAAGGAUCCAAAAUGGCAGAUUCAAGACCAGGCGUACACUGUCUACGGUAGGAAACCAGGAGGGAAGACGGUAUGAUAAUCGGAGUCUGGAUUGGAUUGAUUAUCGAAUUGAGUGGUGACGAUGUUGGAGAGUGGUCUGUGCACUGUUGUUGCUGUGCAACGGCGGGAGGCUUUGUUUAUUCGGCCUUGGGUGCGGGACAAUAUUUCUCACAAGCG